UUAGGUUAAUCCAAAUUAAGCACAGAGAGAGAGAGAGAGAGACUCGGCCAUGUCCAUGGAACAAUAAACAAAAGCAGACCCACCACUCCCACCUGCUUUGCCUCCUUAUUACCUCUCUCGGAUCCCUCACCCCCAUCACACCACGCUCGACUUUCAAAAGCACCUCUCUCUCUCUCUAAAGAGAGAGAGAUCGUUUUGCUUUACUUGCCUUCUAUUUUCCUGGUUUGCUCUUUUAUGGCGCUCUUAACUUUCUUACCAGAGCCCUCAGAGCCUAAAAAACAACAAUAUUCCAAACACAAGCGAAAGAAGCAGAAAAAACCACCGUCUUCAUGGGACCAAAUCAAGAACCUCAUCACCUGCAAACAGAUCGAAGGGUCCCGAGUGCAUGAUCCGUCAAAGAAUUACGGUGCCACAGGCGUUGGGUACUCGAAGCUAGGGUCUUCUUGCAGCUCCAUAUGCAGCUUCCGGGACACAGUUCAUGGGAAAGCUAGGGUUGUUCAUAGAGCUGAUAACUCGCCAGAGGGCAGCAUAGUCGGUACUCAGGAAACUGGGCUGCUGAGUCGGAAAACCGUAGCCGGCGGGUCUUCAACUCGGCCAGUAUCAAGGUCAGCAACAGCAAGAUCCAACGGUGGAUCAACGUACUCGUCUGGUUCAAGAUCAGGCAUGCAAUUCCGAAAGCUUUCCGGAUGCUAUGAGUGUCGCAUGAUCGUUGACCCUAGCAGGUACCCAAUACCAAGGACCACUAUUUGUGCUUGCUCUCAGUGCGGGGAAGUCUUUCCGAAGGUUGAAAGCUUGGAGCUUCACCAAGCAGUUCGCCAUGCUGUAUCGGAGCUGGGACAUGAAGAUUCGGGUCGAAACAUCGUGGAGAUCAUCUUCAAAUCAAGCUGGCUCAAAAGGGACAAUUCAAUAUGCAAGAUUGAGCGGAUAUUGAAGGUUCACAACACCCAGAGGACGAUACAACGGUUUGAGGACUGUCGAGAUGCAGUCAAGACUCGUGCGUUGAACAGCAACAAGAAAAACCCAAGAUGCGCCGCUGACGGGAACGAGCUCCUCCGAUUCCACUGCACCAGCUUAACAUGCACGCUUGGGGCAAGCGGCUCGUCCAACUUGUGCAGCUCUAUACCUACUUGUGGAGUAUGCACCAUCAUUAGGCACGGGUUCGAAGGUAAGGGCGAGGAGUGCAAGGGGAUCAUGUGUACCACCACUGCAAGCAGUGGCAAAGCCCACGACUCCCUACGUUGUGCGGACAGCCGCAGGGCCAUGCUGGUGUGCCGUGUCAUUGCCGGGAGGGUGAGGCGUAUAGGGGAUGAUGCAACGCCAAUGGAUGAGGACAACGUUUCAGGUGGAUUGUAUGAUUCUGCCGUUGGCUGCGCUGGGAUCUACUCCAACUUUGAGGAGCUGACUGUUUUUAAUCCUAGGGCUAUCCUUCCUUGUUUCGUAGUGAUCUACAAAGCCCUGGAGUCUUGAUUAACGUUGUUCUUUCCUAAGAAUGUUUUGUACCUUCUACUAUCAAAAUCACAGUACUUAAAAUCCAAGGGCCGGGUCAGCUAACGUGCUGGCCUCAUCUCUGUGUUUGUGUAUAUAUUAUGUAAUUUCUUCUUUCUUUUCCAAGCUCA